UCAAUGAACUAAAAUGACUCACAACUGAAUGAAGACUAUUUUGGGUAUAAAUACUCGACAAUUGCUCAAGUUGGACAUCAAUCAGUUCACAGUUUCAACUAGAAGCAAAACAACAAAUCAAUCUUCAACAUGUUCAAAUACGCUGUUGUCAUCCUCGCCGUCAUCGCUUGCGCCGCUGCCAAGCCUGGAGUUCUCCUAAGCCAACCAUUGGCUUAUGCUGCUCCAGCUGCCGUUGUUGCUGCUCCUGCUCCAUAUGUGACAGCAACCAGCAGCCAAGUGAUUGCCCGCAACUACAAUGGAAUCGCAGCUGCUCCAGUGAUUGCUCCAGUUGCUGCUCCAGUCAUUGCCAAGUACGCUGCUGCUCCUCUGGCUGCUCCUCUGGCAUACAGCUCUCCAUUGGCUGCUCCUCUGGCUUACAGCGCUUCUUUGACUGCUCCUCUUGCCUACAGCUCUCCAUUGGCCUACACUGCCUCAGCGGCUCCAGUUCUGCUGUAAGAACAACACAUAAAACGACUUAUAAUAAACAUCCUUCCUUCCAAAAA